AUGAUCCGGCUGGGCGGCUGGUGUGCGCGGCGGCCCCGCGGCACGGCGACCCCGGCGGGGCGGCGCUGGCAGUCCGGGGGCCCGGCGGGCCAGGGGCGCAGCCGCGCCCUGCGGGUGCUGGUGGACAUGGACGGCGUGCUCGCCGAUUUCGAAGGCGGUUUCCUCAGGAAGUUCCGCGCGCGUUUCCCCGACCUGCCCUUCAUCGCGCUGGAGGACCGGCGCGGCUUCUGGGUGUCAGAACAGUACCGCAGCCUGGGGCCCGAGCUGAGGGAGAAAGCCAUCAGCAUUUGGGAAUCGAAGAAUUUCUUUUUUGACCUUGAGCCUCUCCCAGGGGCUGUGGAGGCUCUGAAGCAGAUGGCCAGUCUGGAGAAGUAAGUGUGUCUUCAAGCCCAGUGUCUGUACCUUCUUCCUGCCGUCACCUCUUUGGCUUCUGUCCCCUCGCUCUGCCUCCUUUCCUUCUCUCUUGUCAUCCCCUGCACAAGGUCAUGCUUGUUUCAUUGUGUCUGGAGCUGGUAGAAACCUAACGGAACAAAACAGAUUCCCUGUAUAUUUCUGUCAAGAUGGUUAGAUCCAGUAAUGAGAAAAGAUGCCUAUUGACCUGGUUCACUGGGUGUUCAGAGUUCAUUUCAUCUGAGAACUGGCCCUAUUAGCUACUGCUGGGCAACAGUGUAAAGGAAUGAGCAAGAGAUGGUCCUCAUGAAGCUUACAGUCUAGCCAGAGAGCAUACGUGAAGGUAACACAAGCGAAGGUGAUCACAGAUUGAGGUCGGUGCUGAAAAGAAAAGAGUGUAGAGGAGACCUAAUGAGACAGGGUGGUUAAAGAGGCAGGAGUAUUGUGGGAGAUACUUAUUUUGUUCUAGUGAAAUGAUUGAUUCUGUGACUGAAACCCCACUCUGUAACCUUGACCCACUGCCCACUGAAGUCCACUAGCAGUUAUA